GCGACUUCCAUGCUCACGCUGCGACUAAAUCAAAUCGAGCGUGUGAGAGUUUUCCUUUCGUCCUUUGGUUGUCUGAGAUGAGUGAGGCAUCUGGGCCUGGUUACCUACAUGCAGAUCAGAUCAAAGAGCCCUAGAAGAGGUCGUGAAUAAAUGUUGAAAAUGUACUCUAGAACGAUCAUAGCUGCUUUCCCACGAGGAACAAUCAAGACCUCAAAUUUCUACGACUUCAGUCAACCGAGAUAGAGAUUAUUGAGGCCACAUUUCUACAACGAAACUUGAUCUUCAUCACAUCAAUCUCACACAGCUGAUUGUCUCACCUCCGCAAAACUACCACAUAUGGAUGCGACGACUUUCUUGUUCUAGCUUUUUCAAGUACCAGCAGUUUUAGAAAAUCCGAACGUACUUAGAAGAGAACGUCAUCUUCGUUCUACCACUCGUUUCCUCUAAUUUGCUAAAACAACCCUUGCUCCAAAACAAAGAACCUCGCCCAGCAUGGUGACGCCCGGCCAGAUGCAGAUGUUUAACAAGCCCGAGGCUUACGAAACGCAGAUCCUCGGCAGCAAGUACAAAAACCAGUACGAGUAUGACCCCUCGCAGGAAAUUCCCAACGCCGGCGUGUACAAACUCCGGCUCCACGACCACACACUCGGGAACGCACUUCGGAUGGAGUUGCUGAAAUCAAAAAAAGUCCUGUUUGCCGGGUACCGGGUUCCCCAUCCGUUGUUUCACGAGAUAGAGGUGCGGAUCCACACGACGCAGGACAGCACGCCGCAGGAGGAGUUGUUGCACGCGAUCGGAAAUUUGGAAAACCAAGCGGACUCGCUCUUGCAGCAGUUUGACUCCGAGUUGGAUCGAUGGGAAGCGGGAAAGCAGUUUGACAAGCGGGGAUUUCCGGAAAGGCAGGAGACGGUGAGUGGGAAUAAAAACGUAGUAGAGGGCUUGUACGAGAAGAACCUGUUGACACCGGCGAAAAAGGAUCAGAUGGAGAUGUGAAGACAAGACUACUUUUCAGGAGUUGGAUGAGCAUGAAUAAAAAUGGUUCUUGUUUAUUUUACUUUGCCUAGUCGGUGUAGAAGUGGUGAGUCGCUGCUAGUAGAGCCGCACCAUUUAGAUGUUCCUGCUUCAUCUCUGACCAGCGCGCAAAAUUACAAUCGCUUAUACGGUGUUUUUUUGGAAACUAAAUAGUUCUGGAUAGUGCAAGAGGGAUGAACAGUUGGUCUUCGUGCGCGUCGACCACGUAUACGUGUUGCUGCUUGAAACACGGUUGUAGCUCUGACUCUAGAUGAUCGCGCCUUUCCAAAGUGAAAGGAGUUGCGAGUAGAAAUGGGUUGCAAGUAACAAGCAGAACCUGAACACUCGCGGCAAAGUGUGGUGAUAGUUCCGUUGGAAAUAUUAUGCGCAGAAAAAACCAACACAGUCAGCUACUUCGCACUUGACACUGAAUCUAGUACAAGGACAAAAGAAGCUCAUGGAGUUGCUGCAAACACUUUUUUUACAUCUGGCACUCGG